AUGGGCGACGAGGGCAAUGUUCGUUUGGUGCCUGCGGCAGAAAGUUCCGCGCAUCCGCUUCUUGACCGUGGGUCGUCGAGCAGUUCCGCGGUGGACGAUGGCAAAGGAGGAGAUGGCGAGGCCUAUGGCGAUUUGAGUGAUGUUCCUCCGCAACGCCUAAAGGAGGUGAAGGCCGUCAUCAAGAGUACUCGUGACCUCUGGCGGAAGGGGAGUGGUGUCCCCGGUGACCCCUGGUUUCGUCUUGGAAUCGUUGGAGUGUGGGCGGCGUCAGUCAUCUUCGAGAAUGGAUCGAUACCCUUCAGAGACUCUCAGGUCUUUCUCGGCAGGCGCCUGGCCGACCUGGCCGACCUGGCAGUCAUCCCAUGUGAUCCCCAGAUGGAAAACGAUGGUCUCGUUGUGAAGCAUCAUGAAGAUGCCUCCACAGAUAUCUCCUCAGACGAGGUCGUCGCAACUUCGCCGGACAUUCUGAAACCUCGGAACAAAGGCAACAAGCUGGUUCCGACGGUGGAAGUUUCUCCGGCCACGAAAGCACCACGUCAGUCUCGCAGGCGCAAGAAGGAACAGAAGGAGGUGAGCAGUCUUCGCAGCGAACUUCGUGCGAAGGGAAACGAGGUUAUGAGCGAAGUUGCCCAGUGCUCGAAGGCUUCACAAGCCAAGAAAGAAGACAAAAUGGACAGGAUCAGCUUACCUCCCGGACUUGCACCCUUGCCAGAGAAGCCCCUUACAGAGGCAAACAACUUCUCGUGGCGAGAGGUGGAGAAGGUCCUCAUGCUCAGUCAGUCCAACUGGAAGGCACAAGGCGCGUCACUGGCCGCAGCGAUGGAUGUCUGGUGUCAUAGGCCCAAGGAGCUCAUCGGUCAUUUCGAGUCAAAAAUCCAAUGA